AUGCCACCCAGAAGAAAUGGGAAAAACAAACUUCCUGUUCCACUUCCAGAAGGCAAAGUUCUGGAUGAUGUGGAAGGAAAACAAUGGGUGCUGGGCAAGAUCAUUGGCUCUGGAGGAUUUGGAUUGAUAUAUCUAGCUUUCCCCACAAACAAACCAGACAGAGAUGCAAAACAUGUUAUAAAAGUGGAAUAUCAAGAAAAUGGUGCAUUAUUUUCAGAACUUAAAUUUUAUCAGAGAGCUGCAAAAAAAAAAAAAAAAGACUGUAUCAAAAAUUGGAUAGAAUUCAAACAACUUGAUUAUUUAGGAAUUCCUUUGUUUUAUGGAACUGGUCUGACUGAAUUCCAGGGGAGAAGUUACAGAUUUAUGGUAAUGGAAAGACUAGGAAUAGAUUUACAGAAGAUCUCAGACCAGAAUGGUUCUUUUAAAAAGUCAACUGUCCUGCACCUGGGUAUCAGAAUGCUAGAUGUACUGGAAUAUAUACAUGAAAAUUAAUAUGUUCAUGGUGAUAUAAAAGCAGCUAAUCUACUUUUGGGUUAUAAAAAUCCAGAUCAGGUUUAUCUUACAGAUUAUGGACUUUCCUACAGAUACUGUCCCAAUGGGAACUACAAACAGUAUCAGGAAAAUCCUAGAAAAGGUCAUAAUGGGACAAUAGAGUUUACCAGCUUGGAUGUCCACAAGGGAGUAGCCCUGUUCAGAAGAAUUGACGUUGAAAUCCUUGGCAACUGCAUGCUGCGGUGGUCAUGUGGGAAACUUCCCUGGGAACAGAAUCUGAAGGACCCUGUGGCUGUCCAGACUGCUAAAACAAAUCUGUUGGAAUAGCUGCCUGGGUCAGUGCUGAAGUGGGCUCCAUCUGGAAGCAGUUGCUGUAAAAUAGCUGAAUUUUUAGCAUGUGUUUAU